AUGAUUAGUUGUAAUAAUAACGAUAAUCAAUCUAAUAGAUUAAUUAAUUUAUCACAUCUUUUAUUAUCAAAGAUUGUUAGUUAUUUAGAUGAUAAUGUAGAUAGAAUAGUGUUCAGUUUAGUUUGUAAAAGAUUGUUCAAUGAAAGACAAAGAUAUCUAUCAUUUAAUACCAAUCAUAUCAAAAUCAUUAAUGAUAAUAAUAAUAAAUAUAUACCUUUAAAUUCAUAUAAAUCGAUAAUCAUUGAUCAAAUCAAUAGAAAAACUAAAUGUAAAGUUGUUGUUGGUGAUGAGAUUGAUAUAAAUUAUUAUGAUUAUAUGAUAUCAAAAGAUGAAUUAGUUGAUAUCGAUAGAUUGAGAACAUUAAAUAUUGAUAAAGUAGUUAUUGGUUUUGAGCACAAUGAUGAAAACAAAGGGAAUAUAAAGAAUCUUUAUCGAUUGGUAUCCGAUUUGAAUAUAUCAAAGUUAAAGAAGGUUCAAUCAUUUUCAGCAUUGCCAAUGAAUAUUACAUCGUUAUCAUUCCACUGUUUGUUUCGAGAGGAUUUAGAACCUGGAUGUCUUCCACCAAAUUUGAAAACACUUAAGUUUGAUCGACAAUUUUAUCAAGCAAUCAAAGCAGGAGUUCUUCCAAACACAUUGGUUAAAUUGAAUUUCAACGAGUCAUUCAAUCAACCUCUCGAACCAGGAGUAUUACCUUCAUCUUUGAAGAUUCUAAAAUUCAAAGAUUCCACUUUCCAACAAGAUAUUAAAGUUGGAACAUUUCCACCACAACUCGAAGAACUUGAAUUCUCUGGACAUUAUUUAACUAUCGAAGAUGGAGCUUUACCUCAGACUCUUAGAAUACUUGAAUAUGCACCAACAUCAUGGUUACCACAAAUCAAAACACUUCCAAAUCUCAAGACAUUAUCGAUCAGUUAUAACUCACUAGAUUCUCAAAUCGACUUGAGUUAUCUUCCAACUUCACUCACAAGAUUGGAAAUAUUCGCACCUGUCACAUUGGUCAAUUUAAAUCCAGACGAUGUAGCAUCUCUUGAUGGAUUGAAAAUCAAAGAAUUAAAACUAGAAAUGAUGGGAUACUACCAGUCUGAUACAUUGGAUAUUCCAUUUAGUAUUGAAACACUUUCUGUUCAAUACAAAUCGAGAUGUAUAUAUGACAAGGAGUUACCAAGUUCAGAAAAGAUGAUUAUUUCCAAAGAGAUAGAUUGCGUCGAUAAUCUUCAGAAACAAUAUGACAUGACAGAUGAUAAUGUAGAUAGAAUUGUUUUCAAUUUAGUUUGUAAAAAAUGGUUCAAUGAAAGACAUAGAUAUCUAUCUUUUAAUACCAAUCAUGCCAGCAUCAUUCUUAAAAACAAUAAUAAUUAUAUACAUUUAAAUUCAUAUAAAUCAAUAAUCAUUGAUCAAAUCAACAGAAAAACAAAAUGUAAAGUUGUUGUUGGUAAUGAAUUUAAGAUAAACUAUUAUGAUUAUAUAUUAUCAAUAGAUGAAUUAGUUGAUAUCGAUAGAUUAAGAACAUUAAACAUUGAUAAAGUAGUUAUUGGUUACGAAGAGAAUGACGACAACAAUGAGAAGAUUAAGAAUCUUUAUCAAAUGAUAUCCGAUUUAAAUAUAUCAAAGUUAAAGAUGGUUCAAACAUUUUCAAGAUUACCAAUGAAUAUUACAUCGUUAUCAUUCUACAAUUCGCUUAAAGAGAAGUUAAAACCUGGAUGUCUUCCACCAAAUCUGAAAACACUCAAGUUUGAUCGACAAUUUAAUCAAGCAAUCAGUGUAGGAGUUCUUCCAAACACAUUGGUUAAAUUGAAACUCAACGAGUCAUUCAAUCAACCUCUCAAACCAGGAGUAUUACCUUCAUCUUUGAAGAUUCUAAAAUUCAAAUCUUUCAAGGGGUCAUCUUUCCAACAAAAAAUUAAAGUUGGAACAUUUCCACCACAACUCGAAGAACUUGAAUUCUCUGGACAUUAUUCAACUAUCGAAGAUGGAGCUUUACCUCAGACUCUUAGAAUACUACGAUAUGCACCAACAUCAUGGUUACCACAAAUCAAAACACUUCCAAAUCUCAAGACAUUAUCAAUCAGUAGUUAUACACUAGAUUCUCAUUUUGAUCUCGGUUGUCUUCCAACUUCACUCACAAGAUUGGAAAUAUUCGCAGAUAUCAAAUUGACCAAUGUAAUGCCACCAACAAUCAGAUAUUUGGACGUGUACAAUUGUGUUUAUCGUUUCGAUCGUAUAUUCAAAGAUAGAUCGCUAUAUCAAUUUGAUUAUCUCAGGCUAAGACUAAACCAAAUAGCAUCUCUUGAUGGAUUUAAAAUCAAAGAAUUGGAACUACAUAGGAAGCCAUACAGAUCAGUUGAUAAUAUAGUAAAGAUUCCAUUUGGCAUUGAAACACUUUCACUUGAACUCACAUCGAAAUGUCUAUAUGACAAGGAGUUACCAAGUUCAGUGAAAAAGUUGAUUAUUUCCCAAGGUUUAGAUAAUCAGAAACAUAAUGACUUUUCAUGUGGAGGUUCAAUUCAACAAUUGAUCAUAACAUGUAAUGAAUCAAUAUAUUCUAAGAAAAUUUCAGCUCAUAUUACAUCAAUGAUCUUUCCUCCAAAUACUUUAAUUGAAUUCACCGAUCUUCGAAAUGAAAAGAUCUGGAUUCGAAUGAUUGACAAUCAAUAUUACCUUGUUUAUUGUCAACCCAUCAUCACAGCUAUUGUCCAUAAAUCACAACUUCACAAAUACUUGCUGUACUGCAUUAGUUUAUACCGAUAUUGA